AUGAAAAAAGGUGCUACUGAAUUACUUUCAAUGUUAUCCGAUUCAGAAUUAAUGUCAUUAAAAGAUACUGUAACAAAAUCGAUGAAUCCAACGAAUAACCGUUUGGACGCAAUCGAAGCAUGUAUAUCGUUGUCUCAGUCGGCUUUCGAAUUAUUACGUCGAAAAAAGAUUCGUCGUGAUUUUCUUCUUCAAUAUUUAGCAAGAAAAUCAAUAUCAAUAUCUCCUGGCAUCGAUAAGGUACGAUUAGUUAAGAUGAUCGUUGAAUAUUGGAAUACAAAUAAAGUUAUUGAUUGUAAUAGUGGGGAUUAUUUUAAUCAUCAAGAAUCACCUCAAGCCGUUUGUUUGAUUGAUCAACAACACUCACAACAUCAAUAUCAAUCGACAUCAAAUUAUAUUCAACAAUUAUCUGAACAGUUUACUGAAUGGUUUUAUACCAAUUGGAAUGAUUUAAAAAAUUUUGGCCCAGAACAUUUUUUUCACGAUGUAUUUCUUGUUAUAACGCAAGAAAAUCGACGAAUAACUGGAUCACAAAAUGUUUACGAUCAUUUACGUGAUUGUAUCGUUAAAUAUAACUUGAAAUUUAAUCCUAAUGUAAAUAAUAACCAAAUUUAUGAAUCACCGCAUGGUCUUGUAAUGAUACUCGUACAUGGUACAGUACAUCAACAAACAACAUGUUUAGGAAUAUUUGAACAAACAUUUGGACUUGUUCGAGAUCCAGCACGUGGAAAUAAUUAUAUAAUUAAAAUGAUCUAUCUUGAUGUACGAAUAACACAAACACAAACGGGAUCGAAUGAUGCAUUACAACAACAGCAACAACAACAACAGAUGAACUUACAUUUGCCACCACCAGCUUUUCUUGUUGAUAUCAUGCGACGAUACGAUUCUGAACAGCAAAUGAUGAGUGACGACGAUGACGACGAUAAAACCCAAAGUGACAAAGACGAUGAUGAAUUAGAUUUGAAAAUUGUGCGGUAUCGAGAUAAAGAAUAA